GCAUCAGAGACUCUCGAGCCUGCGGCGGAAGCCACGCGGCCAGAUCGCGUGGAUGCCGGAAAAGCCAGUGCACCGGCAUCCGAAGCCGAGCAAGCCGAGCAAGCCGAGCUGGCUACGCCGCAGACAGAGACGACUGCGGCCCCCGUGCGCCAGACAGGGCUGGGAUGGCUCUAUGCCUCCACAGUGGCUGCGGCUGCGGCCCUGCGCAGCUCCCCGAUGCGUGGUGCGCGCAGUCUGGCCGAGCGUCUGCGGAGUCGGGCAGGAGAGCCAGCCGAGAGCGGAGAGACGCCGGCUGCCCCUGUCUCCGCAUCGCAAGGUGCCGAAGCACCAGAGCUCCUGCGCGCACGGCAGCGAGCUGAACGUGCAGCGCAGCGCCCACCUCCGGCGGGCCUCGAACAGUAUCCUGCAGCCGAUGGCGAGGAAGAGGCCGAAGAGGAGGAGGUUGAAGAAGACGCCAGCACAGCAUCUCCAGGAAAGACUGAGACUGCCGCCGUUGCGGCGAAGGCGGCAUCCCCUUCGCAGCAAAAGGCGGCUUUGGCAGGCUCAUCCGAGAAGAAGGAUAAAGCCUCGCCGAAGACCUCGGCAACUUUGCCGGUGCAGGCGGCAGAAGCGGCAGAAGCGGCAGAAGACGAGGCGCCGAAGUCCCAAAAGGCCAACUCCCAAAAGAAGGCGGAGCCCGAGAGUUCUGAGCCCAAGAAGAAGCCGGGAAGGAAGCCCAAACAGGAGGCCCAGGCCGAGGAGCCUUCGAAGCGUGCGGCCGAGGAGCCUGCACCGGAGGAGAGGAGCAAAAAGAAGACGAAGACAACGGCAGUCGACGUGCACUUGGAGGCCCUGCGCAGCUUAAAGACGGAGGCAGAGAGAGAAGAGUAUCUGGGCAACAUCACGCUGACCAUGCGGAUGAAGGUCGCCGAAGCGCAGUCGAUGUGUGCCGAUGCCUUGCCGGCAGCAGAGGUGGAGGAGGAAGCCCCAGCUCCGAGCGAGAAGCCCAAGGAGAAGAAGCGGGGCAAGGCGGCGAAACCCGAAGCCGCUUUGCCCGAGCCCGACGAAGCGGCCGAAGCCCCGGCACCUUCGGGACGCCCCCAGAAGCGUGCUGCGGCACAGCAGGCCGAGGCUGAGGAGGUGAAGAAGCCAAAGAAGCUCACAGCAGCCGUGGAGAAGCACAUGGAUGAGCUGGCGAAGCUGAAGACCCAGAAGCAGAAGGAGAAAUACAUCGCCAAGCUGACCAUCUCCAUGCAGACCAAGGUGGCGGCAGCCCUCUCUGAAGCCGAGGUCCAGGAGGAGACCGAGGAGCCCGAAAGCAAAAAGCGCGCAGCUCCUGCGAAGGAACCGAAGGACUCGGCCAAGGCUCGGAAGGUCGACGAUUCCGAGAAGCAUGUGGAGGAGCUCAGCAAGCUCAAGUCCGAGAAAGCCAAGACUGCCUACCUGAAACAGCUGCCCGCGGCCACGCGGCAGCGCGUCGAGGCGCUCCGGGCCGCCUCGGCUCCCUCUGCACCCAGCUGCUCUCCGUCGCCACGGAGGCUGGGGCCGCCGACACUGCUUGAGGUCGCUGAGAAGGUUGUGGAGGCACGCCAGGCUGAAAGCACAGGCGCUGCCGCUCAGCCAGAGCUCUCCCAGAAAAAGCCAGCUGCCAAAAAGAAGCCCACAGCAGUGGAAAAGCAUUUGCAGGAGCUGAGCAAGCUGAAGAAUCCUCAGAAGAAGGAGAACUACCUGAGCAAACUCCCUCCUGCAGCUCGGAUGAGUGUAGAUGAUGAUGAUCAUGGCGAGGUGAUGAGGAUCCUUGGCUCUUUGCAAGUGGCACUCGACACGGAGAACGAUAAAGUGGCAGGUGCUGAAGCCAAGAUGGCGGAACUUGACCAGACGGUCAAGGAUGCGGAGGUGUCCCUCCAAGCUGCGAAGGCCUACACGUCCGAGUGCGAGGCCAAACUCAAGACGGCCUCCGAGGCGGUGUGCACAAGCAAAGCUACUCUGACUCAGCGGCUCAACGAGCAGAAAAAGGGCGACGAAGGCAUCGUGAAAGCACGUGCAGACAAGGAGCUUCUGGAAAGCACCAAGUCGGAGUGCUUCGAGAAGCUGAAGUCCGGCGGGGCAGUCGCCAAGGAGGCGAAGCAGUUGCUCAAGAAGAUUGAGCCUUUCAUCAAGCAAACGGGGUCGGACGCGUCGCUCAUCACCGCCGCGCCUGCGACGCUUCUGAAGCCACCCGAGGAACGUGGGAGCUUCGAUCAGAUCGUCCUUGAGCAGCUCGAGGCAAACUUCACAGCCAAGCUGACAGAGUUCGAGACGCAGCUGGCAGAAGCAGCGCCUGCGGCAGAAGCGAGGGCCGAGGAGGUGCAGAAAGCACAAUCUACACACGAAGCGGCCGAGUCGAAGCAGAAAGAGGCGUCUGUCGAACUCUGUGCGGCAAAGGAGGCUGUCACCGAGCAUUUCCGAGUCCUGAUCCCUGCAGCAUGUUCGCCCUGCGCGGUUCUCUGCGAGUUGGAAAUGCAGGAGGAGGUGGUGGAGGAAGAGCUGGAGACCUACGUGGACGGAAGCCUCGCCACCUUCAAGGAGCUAAAAGAGCGCAUCUCUGCAAAAAAGCGCCGCGAACUGGCUGCUGCCGCCAAGGCGAGGUGUAAGGCCUUCUACUGGUAG